AACAAUCUAUUGAAUCUAAGGUAGUUUGAAUUGUGAAAGUACCGAAGAUGAAGCAUUAGAUGUUGCUGAAUUAUUUAAGCUGCGCGGUUAUGAAGUGACGGAUAUCCAUCUCUCGGUGGGAAAGACAGCAAACGGGUAAAAAAAACAACAGAAGGAAAUCUGAAGAUAGAAUGAAAAUUGAAGGUUCUUGGUACCAGAUGAGGAACAAUGCUGGCCAUGGACCAAGGUGUGGUGGAGGAAUGGCUGUCUGAGUAUAAGACUAUUCCUGAGACGGCCAUCUCCAGCUACGCUGCGUCUCUGAAGGAAAAGGCCUCGCUGGUCCCUGCGCUCUAUAAAGUCAUCCGAGAGAACUACAGUGACCUCUUAGAGCCGGUUUGUCACCAGCUGUUUGAGUUUUACCGGAGCGGAGAGGCUCAUCUUCAGCGCUUCACCCUGCAGUUCCUGCCUGAGCUGGUGUGGAGUUACCUGUCUGUGAGCGCCGGACGUGACCCUCACCACAGCGGCUGCAUCGAGGCUCUUCUGCUCGGCAUCUACAACCUGGAAAUAGUCGAUAAAGAUGGUCAAAGCAAAGUGUUAUCCUUCACCGUCCCCUCCUUAUCCAAACCAUCAGUGUACCAUGAGCCUUCUGCCAUCGGCUCCAUGGCCCUAACCGAAGGAGCUCUAGCCAAUCACGGGCUUAGUCGAGUUGUUUACAGUGGACUGCACCUCCAGAGAGAGACGUUCACAGCGCAGAACAGGUUUGAAGUGCUGACGUUCCUGCUGCUUUGCUAUAACGCUGCUCUGAGCUACAUGAACUGUUCUUCCCUCCAGUCUCUGUGUCGGCUCAGCUCCAGAGUGUGUAUCUGUGGCUAUCCGAGGCAGCAGGUUCGCAGAUAUAAAGGCAUGAGCAGCAGGAUGACGGUGACGUCAGAGUUCCUGGUGCAGCUGAUCACGGGCAUUCACUUCUCUCUGUGUAAUGGAGAACCCGAUUUAGGCUCCAAAGCUCUGGACGACGUUCUGUAUCGAGCUCAGCUGGAGCUUUUCCCAGAAGUCUUGCUGGUGGGAAACGCCAUCAAGUCAUCACUCCAUGGUGCUGCUCUGAAGUCCAACAAGGAAGGCAUGCGCUCCAUCCAGGUGGAAAUCACACCCACUGCCUCACGGAUCUCCAGAAACGCCGUCACCAGUAUGUCCAUCCGCGGGCAUCGCUGGAAACGGCACGACGCAGUGGAUCUGGGUUCCCCGGAAGAGCUGAUGGAGAUCUCGGAGGUGGACGAGGGCAUCUGCACCCAGGCAGCCAUGAAGGAAGGCAGCCCCCCGAUCAUUGUGGUGAGCAGCAGCAACGCCACGCCAAGCAUCGGCAAAACAGCUGGCAAGGGCCUGCGUCGCCUAACAGGCAGCAAAUCCAGCAAGGACAAGGAGAGGGAGAAGGAGAAAGAAGGGGAGGUCUCACGCAAGCAGUCAUGCGGGCGGGCCAUGAGCGAGAACCUGGAAUUACUCUCCCUCAAGCGCCUCACGCUCACCUCCAGCCAAUCCGUGCCUAAAGGAGGUGCGCUGAGCCUGUCGCGCACGGCCAGCGCCGCCUUCUCUCGCUCCUUUGAGCAGGUCAGCAACGCACUGGGCGUGACCAACCGGGCAUCAAGCCCCGCCUCUAAUCACAGCCCCAAGGAGAACAGGCACUCGGCCUGCAGCCUGCAAGAGGAAGCCUACAUCGAGCACCUGAGCCCCGCGAACAUCACCGUGCAGCUCGGCCCAGACGCGUGACCGUUUCCUUUCGCUCCCAGACCUGCCCAAUAUUGAGCCAUACUUUCCUCUGGUGUCCUAAAAAGUACUUGUUGUUUGUUGUUACUUUGAGGAAUAUAGAGACCACUCCUGCCCCCUGGUGGCAAAACAAAACUGUUGCACCUUAAAGAAACUCCGGUUCUUUUAUUUUUUCCUGUGGCGUCUUCACUGAAGCUGUGUUUAAAAAUGUGUUUUUAAAGAAAAAACAACAAACAUCCACUGUUUCCUCAUUUGUACUAAGAACUCGAUACUGUGGAUCAUAUGUAAAAGUCUGACUUUGAAUUGUUGAAGAUAUUUUUGAUGCUGUAUUAAUUUGUCUUGCAGAGUCUUUAUGCUCAAGUAGCUUUCCACCCAAACAGGGUGUUUAUAUAUGCAAAGGAUAGGUCCCUUUGCUUUUUAAGUGUGUGUAUGUGUGUGUGUGUGCGUGUGUGUAUGUGUGUGUGUGAGUUCUUAAUAAAUCCGGGGUGAAUUUUCACUGCUGUCCUUUACAUACUGGGCUUUACAGAAAGUCAUCAGUAUUAAACUCCUAACACUCCUGAUACUUUGGCAAUAUAUAGUUAUUGUUGUUGUUUUAAAACCCAAAUACCGAAGUCCCAAUCAAAAGUGAUCGAAUUUAAGACCAAAAGUUAGUAUUUGUUUACAUGUUACAACUUUUUCAUGUUGUACUUCUGAAGCAAUAGCAUUGUGAUGGCAACAGAGUUAGACUUUUGUACAGACACUGAUAUUUUUUGUACAUAGUGUAAGCAGUGGUGUUGAACCCAAUCAGAAUCCAGUAUUCAUGUGACUCCAAGGUCGAAGUAUCAGUUUGUGGGACAGCCAAAUUUAUUUAAUGUUUUCACUAUUGAAUUAUUAUUGUGUUUUUUGAUUUUUUUUUUUAUUCCCAUCUCAUUCUGUUCAGUGAGCUGCGAUUUCUCCUCUUUGGGAAAAGUUUCGUGAUUUUUUUUUUUUUUGAUAAUAAACUGUCGGAUUGUUUUUAAUGAGCAACUCUGACAAAACACUGUGGUAUUGUAAUGAACUUUUGUGUCUGUUUUGGAAAAAUAAAAGCCAUUUUUUUUUUCUCUCCAAUUUUGAAAAUAUUUUACAAUAAAAAUCUGGUCUGACGAUAAUUGA